AAAAGCUUGGUUGGUAUAUUCAGACAGAGGGACUAAUUAAACCAAAGGUAAGGCGUUUCAUACCAUCGGAGCUCCAAUCUUUUAUUCAUAUGAUAGACUAUCUCCAUCGCACAUUGAUGUUCGGAUACUACAUCAGAGGACUGAAAAUAAUUUUAUUGAUGGGUGCCGAAUUUUGAAACUCCUGAACUAAACAAACAGGAUUGAACUUCAACAUUCCUGAAAAAUGGCGCACACGAAAUCGGUAUGAAGACAGGUUAUACACUUUCUCAGUCUUUCUUUGUUUUAAAUACUUGUCUAGCUGCCGAUCCAGCAGUGAUCUAACUUUUUAGAAGUUGAGAUAUUUAUGUUUCACAACUGAAUCGCACAUAAUUAGCUUGAUGGAGUCACUUUUAAUUAUUUGUUUUGCAAAACAUAUAAAAGUAGAUUCCACAGACAAAAUGCAUGUUUAAAAUGCACUGAAUAUAUGCCUGUCAGCUAGUCAGUUUUAAACGACCUAACUGAACACUUGGCCGUUCUCCAGAUGGUUACGCUAGGUUUCGUCUCAGACCUGCACUUUAUGACUUUCAGUUAAACUAAGUCUUUCCCCAGCUAUUCUUUAGCAGGGGAAAUAAGAAUCAUUACAAUAAUAUUGGUCAGGGCCGCUGGCUCUGAAGUGAACCGGUAUUCAUGCUUUUUGUAGAAGAUUUUUAUCGUACUAUUACCAAGUUACCCUCUCAGAGUUAUGAAGCCAAAUUAAUAGAAUGCUGGUCUUGGAUAAUGAGAGGCUGGAGCUUAAAAAUAAAGCUGCCGCAGAGACUCAGUCAUACUAGCCAAAACUUACAAUACCAUCCAAAAAGUUUGUAAUGAAUUAAACCUCCUAAUCGUCUAUUAAAACUGACUAGUAGAGGAGGGUGUUAACCUACCUUCGCGUGUCAGGGUCACCAUAACGCCAACGGACCUGGGGACAACAUCGAUUGUUGUUCAGUCUCCAUCUAUCUAGCUAGCAUUUAACAAUUUUAAGGUCAUCAUUAAUUUACUUUCAUUUUUUUCCAAAGAAAAUUCCAAAUUAAAGAUGAAUCCUCUACUCUGGGCUUUAUUCUUACUUCUGGCGAUAACAGGCAAGUGUACUUACAGGGUUACCUUAAGUUUAUUAAAUCUGGCUGGCUGUGAGUAAAUUAAAUGGUAUAUUUUCUGGUAUAUUUUGAUUGUUAACCCAGAUGUGCUAUCACAAAGUUGCAAGGAAGGCUCAGUGGUAAAUGAUCAUUUUGGGCAGCGGCGUGAGUGUCGUAGCGGGAAACUGGGGAAUCCUUGUCGAGUUCGACGAGAAUGGAGUGGAAUGCUCCCUGGAGAGAGGUCUGUUAUUAUAACGAAAUUGAGAGCAAUUUUCAUUAUAACUACCUAGUGAAGGAUAUAAGUAUAAAAUUUUUCUAAAUAAGUUCAAAAUAGUGCUAAAACUCCUCAAUUCAACCGAAUGCAUGGUUUUAAGUUACGAUUUAUAUGCUUGUGUAACUAUGAACACAAUUAUUUCCUAGUGAGCGCAUUAUCAGUUUUGCUUUUCUAGCUCCGAGGAUAAAAAAUCUGAUAUAUUCAAGACUCGUCCCGGCGCCAAUUAAGCUGUGCGUGCAAAACUGCGAUCAGUUAAUCUCCUUUUUUACCAGAGAUAGCAGCUAAGACGUUGAAGUAAGUACGCAUCCCGUCGUGGUGCUAAUGCGCAGAAAUUCUAGCCAUUGAAAUCGCAGGCUCGAGUCCCUUUGCGCUUGCGUAUUCCCCCACUGUCCUAUCCAUGCAGAAUACAACAAGAGAACCCAUAUCAUAGAUUACAGGUGCUGUAAAUUAAACAUGCGAUCAUCAGUUGAUGCUAAUUGGGAGAAAAACUAAUGGAAAAGAGGUAACCGAGAAUAUGCAAGAAGUAAGUUAUGGCCGCAUCAUGCGGGAAAUAAACCUGACGAGAAAUCUGGCGUACACUCAGUCGCCGCAUGUAUCGACAUGGAGCCGGUUAAUCCAAGACAUGCCAUCAGUCUGUAUUCCACGCUGUGGCUUACGGAUUCUUGGUCAGUGGAACUUGGAUUCCGGAUUCCUUGAGCUGAAUUCAGGAUUUCUAAACCCAGGAAAUCCAGAUUUUGAAAGCAAUAAUAACCCGUAUUACCUUUCAUGGGGCGAUGCACUAAGCCAUGACCGGUUCCGCUUCAUAGAAAAGUCAUUACAAUAGACCUUUUUCAACCCGUAUGGGAGGCAUCGCGCGCGAUUUCCGAGUUCCCCCGGGUCUCUGUAUCAAAACAAGUGUUCAUCCUUUGAUAUGGAAAUGAUUUUUCUUUCUCAUGUGCAAAUAAAACUCAUUUUCACAAGAAAGGUUGUGCACUUGGUCUCAUUUUGAAAGGGAGGGUUUUUGGAACUCGGAAGUGGCCUAUUAGUUUUAAAUAUUCCAGCGACAACUUCCAAGUUAAGUGAUCCAAGCAGCAUUGGAGAGAGCAACUGAAAAGAACCGUAUUAAUUAAAUCAUCUUUUAACUCAAAACUAUCCACUGAAUAAAGUUGCCCUCCAUACAAUGCUUAAGCUUGUUUACGACGAAAUAAGAUGUAUAACCUGAUUUGAUAUAUAACUGAAACCAUACAAUUUUUUCUUGAUCCACCAGGUACCGUUUUAUUAGCGCAAUCAAGAAAGCAUCUCAACACCAAGAUUAUAAGAAUCUUAUUACCAAGCAUUCUAAGCAGUUUAACAAUAUACAUAACGCCAGGCAAUUCCUGGCCUGGCACAGAUGGUACCUACUGCAGAUGGAGAACAUUCUACGUAAAGUGGAUCCAAUAGUGACGAUACCAUAUUGGGACUGGAGUUUAUGGUCUGGAGCACCAUGGCUGGAUCAGGUGAUUAUAAUGCGUUAUUUUAGGAAGUUGGAAUCCCAAAUCCUGGGCUUUGGAAACCGUACUUCAGCUUAAAGAAUCCAGAAUCCCGCUAACGAUUGGAAGAGGGACACUCAACGAAUAUUUUCUGUAAAAUAUCUGUUUGGAGAAGCAAAAAUAGAUUGCCUAGAAUUUUCUAUUACUUGGGGACGGCUAAAAAUUUCUUGAAGACCGUUCCAUUCUUGUACAAUUUUCGAGGCUUAUCUAAUAAAUAAAUUAUAAUAAUAAUAAAUUCGAUUCGAUUUUAUGAAGUUUAAUUUUUCACGUUUCAAUCCCCAGAUUAGGCUAUUUAUCGUAGAAAAAAGGAAACCUACAAUUUUCGGAUUUAAAAUGUGAUGGAGAGAGGAAUCAGAAAAAUUUUCACUAUCGUGAUACUUUAAAUUGCGUCUGGAAAAUAAUACUUCAAAGCCCUUCUAAUUUCGAAAAGACUGAAGUUCCCCUAGGAUGACCAAACAGAUAUAAAUUUCAUAGCGCGGCUUAGAAUGCAUUUCUGCAUGGAGAUCUAACAGUACUAAGGAUAGCCUAAAAAGUGUUUUGAAUCAGGAAGAGAAUUUUGGAAGCCUAAACCCAACUUAAGGAAUCGGGAAUCCAAAAUCCAAGACUGUCUUGGGUUACCAUACAUCAGUAGGGAUUAUGAUUCAUUAUGAGACUGAGUCACUUGCUUUCCUGCGCUUCUUUUCUCAUCGAAAGGAGACGCCCCGCUCCAGUAUGUCAAGAUGGCUGGUUAGUAUUGCCUUAUAAAUUUUGAAAAGCCAACAUGCAGCAAAUUUCAUCGAAAAAGCGUUGUCAUGAUUCAAAAAGGACGUGACCUGGCCGGCUUAGACCCACCUUAUCCCAAUCAUGAUUAAUGAUUUUUAUACUUCUUUCUUAAUUAUAAUUUAAUUUUAUAAAGAAUUGACAGAAACCGCGAAGUCUUUCCUUGUUCACACCCACGGAACCUCUAUAAGCUCCGUAUUUUAUGCAAUUUAAUCCAUUUUCAUUCUUUGGUUAUUUAUACAGGAUGAAUAAUAUACGCUGUUGUUGUUAGAAAGUCUGUGCAUUAUCUUAAAGCUCCUUUUAUUAUGGCUAGUUGUAAAGGGAUCCUUCUUUCUCCACUAGGAGUAACUAGCAAAUAAGAGAUGUCUAGCACAGAUUAAGGUCCUUUUGCAUGUGCACAAGAAGUCAAUCCGUCCACAUCUUGAAUGUUGCAAAAUUAAUAUGAGUAGCUUUUAACUCACUUUUUCAGAUCAUGAGCUUUUGGAGUAAUGUACCAUGGGGAUUUGGUAGUAAUGGCGGCAGAGAUGGUUGCGUGUACAACGGACCUUUUGGAAAAAACAAAUGGUCACUAACUAACGGAGAAUGUCUCAAGAGGGGCUUCAAUGGUAAGAACUUACAAACACUCUCACAGAGAAAUCAAUCAAGAUACUGAUCGAUGCUGAGGUCUCCAUCCUCAAUUAUGCAUCAGUCAAUUCCAGCUGUGCCCAGCCCCCCUCUCGGGCUGACCCCCGGGCAUUAGCAUUUUUUUUGCCUUGGAUGGCAAAUUCCUGGGAGUGGGGACUCUUGAGCUGUUAAAUCCCCCGGGGUGGGGACGAAAAAAGAGGGCAAAUUCCCUGUCCUCCGUCACCACUUCAACAUUUUUCAGUGAUUACACGGUCAAAUAGUGCCGUUUUAAACAUUUCAAUGUGCGAUUUUUUUGUUUCAAGUAAAGUCUUCCUUUGUAAUAGCGCUAGGAUUCUAAUUAAGACUUCACGCCGCGAUGACAUGUGGCUUGAAGUUUUUUGAUAUAAAAUUAUUGACAUUAAAAUUGAUAGAGCGUUGUAAAGUUAUAUGUUAUGAAUAGUUUUAGAAAUAUGAAAGGAUCUUCUUCGAAUAAAAUCAACAGAAAUUUGAUUCACUAACCAAAAAACGUUGAUUCACGUCGAUAGCUCCGGAGUUUCGCUAUGUAAUUCUGGCUUGAUAAGCAAUGAAAUGCAUGCAUAUAAUCGGGAACAUGCGCAGCUGGAAUUGACUGAUGCAUUACAGUUCAUCAGGGCUAUAAUGAAUUACAAUGAAUUAUUAUUUCAUUUACUUUACAGGACAAAAUCAACUUUGGGUUGAUACUUAUAUACACUAAUUUACCGGUGGCUUUUCCUAUUGUAGGCAAUCCACCAGACUGCAUCGCGGUUCACAAAUGCCUACGAAUCUUUUCGCACAAGUUCGCCGAAUUUGAGUCGACACUCCGCGAUACCUUACACAACAAUAUGCACUGCAGAAUUGGCGGGAAAGGCGGCACAAUGUGUUCCAAGCAAUCAGCUAAUGCCCCAGAAUUCCUUCUUCACCACGCAUUUACUGACAAGCUUUGGGCUGACUGGCAAAAGAAAGAGACCCGCUAUAAAAACGCUUACUUUCGUGGGAAUAUCUAUUUAUAUGGAAUCACCCCCCGAAUGAGGCCUCAGAAUCUUUUGGAUCUAUCCAAACAACCCGGGGGAGUUUGCGUAAUCUACGAUGACCCACCCCACGAGAACUAUAAGCUUUGUCAUGAUAACCUGGCCAAAUUGACGUUAGCAGAAAUCGACACCAUACCAAGACAGAAGUUCACCCGCCUGAGCAGUCUUGAGUUUGAUUUGUUCAUGGUUAAGAAGAAAGGGAAAGCUAGGGCGAUUAAAGAAUUGGACAGUUUGGGGCCCAAGAGUGUCUUGUCCAAAAGUGUGAAGCUGAACUUUCAAGAUAACAAACUAGGCUUCAAAGUGGACGACGUAAAAGAAGCGAUUGAGAGAAAAAGGAAGAAAAAGCGAGAAGAAGUAAUAGGUUUUUCGACAAUGUAAGAAACUAGGAGAACAAAUUGCAAUAGAAGAUUAACUAGUUAUACUCACCCUUUCUACGUAAAACACCAAGUGUCAACGGUUAAAUUCGAGUUAAAUGCCAUAGCUUAUGUUACAAAACGUACACGUAGUACAGCUUUCGCGAUCUUCUUAAACCUUUUUUUAGCACAAACUUAAUAAAUACAACUUGAGAAUCUGUGGCAAAUAUCGUCGGAAUUAGUGGAUCUUGUUUAUGUUGUCUGCAAAUUUACUUCGCUUCAUCCUUAAUCGCUUUUACGAAAAAAAUUUGGGCCUACAUGUUGAUUCCCAUCUCGUCAUUAUUGUAAAAGUGGUGGCCAAUCUCCCAUGGCUUCAGUUAAAAUAGUAAUUAGAGC